AACACUUGUUGCUUACUACUCUCUACCAAAAACAACGCUUAGUUACAAAGAUGUGUGACCUUAAAAUUUUGUCUCAAUACAUUUGACAUUCUGAGCAGAAGUAAAAUAAAUUAGAUCUAGAUCUACUUAAAUGUUGAAAACAUCCACAUUUAGAAUGAGCAGCACCAGAUCUGAGUUCAUGCCAGGAGAUAGUUUUAGUGAAAUCAACAACCAGGCAUAGAAAGUAACCAGAGGGUCAACAGAAUUAUUGCUUAAGUAAACACUGAAAUCAAAGUCACGUAUUAGUUAAAAGUCGACACAACCACCAAUGUUAAACAAAACAGCAUCUAAUUUUGAGGGAAGCUACUCUUCACUAAGCACAUCAGCUAAGGUCAAGGUUUCAACACGAGAUCGUCGCAGACCUAAAGUUCGAAACUCUAAACAGUUAGAGGCUCCAACUUUUGACUACAUAGUUCUACCUGGUACACAAUCUGACUUUGAGCAAUCCUGUCAGACAAUUAUCGCCACCCGAGUCGGCCGCGGAAGUCGCCCACAAAAGAGACAGGGAAAACUGGUCAAACAGACAAGAAAAAACUCGGAGAAAGACAAAAAGUUCAAAAAUACAUGCCCUCAAUCCAUUCCUUCAAUCACGUCAACUUAUGUAAAUCAAGUGGCAGAUGAGACAGUUCAAAAUGGCCGGGAUUCAAGAGGAUGUAGCUCGUGGCAUGCUGGUUUCGAGAAACGAGGUUGCGAUUUAUCUAAAGCCCCUACAUCGAAACUUAACAAGACUGACACUGCAAAAAGGUCAUUUUCUUAUAGCACUGUAUCUCAGACCUGCGAUCGAAGCACGCUCUGUAUCAACUCUUUGCUUUCAAUUUUAACAGAUAAACGUGUUAGGUAUCAACCGUCUAAAAUCUAUUCUCAAGACCCACUGGGUCCAGACUCGCUUAUUGUAACAUACGACACGGAGCCAUCCGUUAGUCUACGCAGUGUUACCAAUGUCGGAAAGAUGAAGCCGUCAAGCACUUCCGCUUGUAAAACGUUGUUUAGAGACGUGUGUGAUUUCGCACACACCCGCGGCUACGAUCUCGUUCUAUUCAGAAGCGACCUUCGAAGGUCUAGAAAUCAACCCAAAAUAAGUGGAUCUCAAAAACAAAGCAGCAAAAAGUUCAAAAUUCGGAUGGCACUAGGCAACCGGAAAUGCCCUUCGCAAGUAAACGAGUUUGGGCCACACCAGUAUUGUAAAGAAUCCUGUCCAGCUGACAGUAAAGAAACGGCAGCUCCAUCUGUAGCAGAAUGUGAAGUCAUGAACAUGAACUUUGUCGAGUCUGCUAAGAAAGAGAUUGCAAUGGUAAGGAGAGUUAGUAAAAAACUCAGCAACAUGGGCGUGGUCAUUCCAGACUGCCACGUAUCUAAAGGCAAACAUUCAAAGGACACUUUAAAAGAAGAAAACCAUGUUAAAGAUCAAAUCCGUAUCAAGACUGAAGAAAUCCUGUCUUCUGCCCCAUUGAAUGAAUACAAGCAAUAUCUUAGCGAUGUGUGUAUUAAAAUCUACCAAGAGCAGCCAUUUUUCAUUCCAAACAUUGUUCGGUUAGAAAGUGAGACGAAUGAUGACGUCAUUGACCCGAAUAACAAAAGUGUUGCCAAAUUGAAGACGUCUUUACCCAAAUUGUCUGAAAAGACCAAUAAGCACUACAGAAUGUGUAACUCAUUGACAGCAGCCAUAGCUCGAGAAAGACAGUUGGCUUUAAAACAUAACGAACAGAGACUGAACGCGAAGGUUUCCUCCCUGGACGGCAGGGCAAGCAGGAAACAUAGUAAAAAUUGUUCGACUCAAAGUGCUGAGGCAUCGAUGCUCAGUUUGCAGCCUUGCAUUAGCGUGGAAACAUUUCUGGCUGAAAACUGCAACAAUAACGCCUUACCGGAACUGCAGUUGUCUCUGGACGAUUUACAGAACGACGUUAGUGACAUCGAGGAGGACGAGGAAGGAAAUCGCGAACCUCAUCGGCGGAGAGACCCGUCACUGGAUUCUUGCCCCAUGGACAAAGGGGAACAACUACUGAAUAAGCAUACUGCAACAAGUGGAGGCUUCCGACUUCCGAUGCUGCUAAACAGUUGUAAGAAACGUACUACGGUUGGCUGUAAACAUGACCAAUCACCCCCAUCAUCUGAUCCCCCAAUCAUUUAUUCAAAAGCUUACCAAAAGUGUAGCAUUACAAAGAAGGCGCAACAGAGUAAAAAGGUACAGAUAGAAUUCGAAACCAAAUCGCAUUUCUGUGAUGUAAUCAAAAAGAGAAACCUUAAUGAUAAGAGAAAUAUACGCACCAGAAAGCGGCCAGUGCGACUCUCGCCGGUUGCUUGCAAUAUUUCCUCAAAUGGAUCACACAGCAUUAAUGUACCAGGUGACCCUCAGACGGAAGGCCAAACUGUAGUCCGCAUGGACAAGAUGACCUGCAAAAGUAAUGCAUUUACUUCUUUGUUAAACCAGGACACCCACUCAUUGUGCAUUACUGAGGAGAAAAGAAAAACACCAGGGCUCAUAACACACGCAGGGGAAAGAACUCACAGUCCACAUUCACAAAAGAUGUCCGUGUAUAAAGAAGUCUGUUUAAAGUCACCUGAGAUUUUUUUUAGGGCUCUACCUGAUCCUAGUGGGAUGUCCGUUAAGUCAAAAGAGACAAGAUUCUUGCCAAGUUUAUCACAGAAGGUUAACACGAACUUUGGCGGCUCUAACUCUAACCCAUCUGCUAGUAACAAUAAUAAUAAUUCGAAUACAGAUGGUAACUCUCACUCUAUAACUACAGUGACAAGUAAAAAUUUUAAACCUCGAAGAUGUAGCGCAAAAAGUAGUACUAGUAAGACAGGCAAAUAUUUAAAACCAAAUAAACGAAAUGCCAAAAGCAAUCGCUCUGUAAUUAGGAAAACAGACAAAAAUUUGAAGCCUCCAAGAUGUAACGCAAAUCCAAGUGCGUUAAAUCAAAAUUACAAUGCACCACCCAAGGGUCGAAACUCUUGUCGAAGGGCAUUAAGUCAGUGUGAAGAUAAAUUUAUUGAAGAUUUAGAUCGAGAGCUUCAAAAGUUAAUAAAGGAACAAAAUGGGCGGAGGCAGUGUUCUGACGUUAAUACCAGCAACACGACUAAAAGGGCGGGUCACUACAGAAAACUACGCCCCGAAAAUACAGGGCGGUCCAUUCAUUUUAGACAGACUAAGAAAUCUAAUCACACGAGGAAACGAACGGUAGAGAAUUCUGAAACUCCUGAGCCAAGUGACUCAUCAGAACUUUGCUCUUCCGUCUUUCAAAGCUGUUCCGGAGAUCAUUCCAGCCGAGCCACACUUUCUACUUUCGUAGCCGUUGAUCCUUGCAACAACAAUGUGCAAGAACAACAUCAAGGUGAUGGGAGGGCUUUUCAAUGUCCAACAGCUGAAGGAAUGAACUCUGGGAUAUGUACCAAAGAAGACUCUGAGGCACAUUGUCCAGUAAUUGAUACCCACUGGGAGAACUAUGCCUUAAGAACAGGAAACAAUGAUGUAAAUAGAGAUUUUAUUUCAAACAACCCUACAAAUGAGCAGUUUGGCUUAGUUCCCACAUUCUUCUCUCAUCAGAAUCCCACUGAAGAUCCCAUGGACUUUGAAGAAGCCGCCAACGAUGAUUCGAAACUACUUGAACACGUUCAAUCAUCCCAAGGCCAGCUUUCUCAAAAAUUAGAAUCUUUGGAAACAUUCUUUGGUAGAAAAUUUAAUUCUUUGCAUAAUUUAGUCGAGACAAAUUUUAAACAUACAUGUCAUUUAAUACACAGAUACCAUAUACGUGAAAGAGAUUUGCCAGUUAGUCUGUUUGGGCUUCACCAAAAACAGAGCCAGUCGAACGUCGUCAAUAGCGACACAGGAAACACAAUGGUAGAGCCGGGAAAAGUAACAGCGUCUGCAGGAAAUGACGCACUUGGAGAUAAUGAAAGUACCUGUUUUACGAAUGGGUCAGGAAGCUGUACCACGUGUGCAUCCAGUAAUACAACUGUGAGAACUGGCAGGCGAUCAACUUCAACUAGAGCUAGCUCAGAAACAAGACGAAAGCAUACACUUCCUAGGCAGCGUACGGCCUCUACUGGGAACGUGGAACACUGCCAACAGAAAGUGGACACGCCAGAGAAAACGCUUUCCAUACCACAAGAAACAGGUGCACGUUAUAUAAGUAGCCAGCAUAGUCGGGCAUGCCGGAGAAGACACGCAGCGAACGGAACUCCCUGUCACAUAGUUCCACACAAAUCCGCCUCCUCUGACCACGUCACUUCUGCUAGUGGCAAGAGAAAAAGAGAAAGCAAUGACGGAAGUAAAAACAAACAGCCUGCUGGGAAACGGAAAUGUGUGCGGUUCAUAAAAUCUUCUACCUCGAACAACACAAAAAGCAAAAAACUGACCCCUCGGAAACGAAAGAAGAAGCCUGUCAGUCGUAGAGUUGGCAAGAAAGGAAGAAGUUCCAAUCGCAACAGAUCUAAAAACAAUACUAAUGACUGCCAAUCAGAGCUCUUGGUGCCUGAAAACUGCAACCAAAAUUACAGGACAAAGUGUAAAAAGAGAAAAAGGCAACCUUUAAAAAGAAACAAAAGGAAGUCAAAGGCGUCCACCAAAGAAAAAACUGCUUACAUUAUUACCCCAGUAGGUCGUAAAAACUACUAUGAUGGGAUCAAACAGCACAAUGCUCGUUUGAUGAAGCACGUUAAGCUCUUAGAGUGCCAGGUAAAAGAGCACAGGCAAGCCAAAAAAAAGGAAGACAUCUCUACGCGAUUCAAUCGUCUAGUGAAACAUUUUCCAAAAAAGAAAAUAAAGAUGAUUGAAGAUAUUAUCAAUAGAUACCUGCAUGAGACAGAUCAGUCUUUAAGGCGUUCUUCAUCAUCAAAAUCAUCUGUAAAAUCGUUGGUGAAAUCAGGCCGAAGCAAGACAACGUCUGAUUCGUCAGUAAAAAGGGGGUCAAGAAAAAAUUUACGCACUAGCAAAUCAAAAGCCAAAAACAAUCAGAGAAGCCCAAAAAAUGAGUGUGGUUGUUGUUGUUGUACAAAUAAAACGUCAAACCAUAAACCAAAGGGUGCUAAAGCGUUCAAGGCAGUAGACUCUUUAAUUCUCAAUAGACGUCGCUUAAGAACUCAGAAAGACAACAGUCGCAAUGCAUAUGUAGAAAGAUUCAUAGCAGCUGACAGAGCACCAAACGCUGUGAACAAGCUGAUUCACAGCGUCCAUAAAGCGGAAGGCUUCAAGGAUGUGACCCGCCGGAAUGCCUCUAUUGAUCUCAUUGGCUGUGAGACGCGACACCAAAGAACUGAUUGCAGCUGCGACAGCUCAGCAUCAUCUUCUCGUGGUAUUUAUCCAUUCAGCACAACUUCUUUCACGUGUCAUCGCAUAUUUCUCUUUAGUGCGAUAAACCCAAUCAUCUCGAGUGGCCCUAACCCCAAUUCAGUCUCGAGCGGUCCCAAAUCGAAUCUUAAUAUCACAGUAAAUGACGUUCGUCAAAAUGGUGCACAGAAAUCGAGCGGCAGUAGUCAGCAUCAACAACAGACGGCAAAAGAUACACAACAGGCCCAGUGCUCCGCCAGCCCUUCACACUUAGAUGUUUGCUCGAAUAGCAUUAAACACACCUUUUGCAGAAUCGGUAGUCCUUAUGAAGGUUUGAAUGAGCCUCAGUUGUCACCUAGCCAAAAUGAGUCUAAUAGUUCGUUGAAAGCAAAUACAUCCAAACCGGGCCAUAAACUUGUCCCAAGUAAAGCUGAAGAAAAUAUCUUGAAGCACGGUGGCUCAUCACAGGAAUUAGAUUCCAACCAAAAUCCGCCCAAUCGUACGGCCAAAGUAGUUCCAAGUCGGGGUGUAAUAAAUAUUACAAAAGCCUCAUCUUCAAAUAAAGGUUUAGAUCAACAAAUGGAUGUGACACAAAAUAAUUUGAAAGCCUCAUCUUCAACUAAAGAUCAACAAAUUGACGCGACACUAAAUAAUUCUAUUAUAUCAAUGCAAUGUAUUCCACCAAAUGUCCCUGAAAAUCGCAGAGAUCUAGAAAGUCCCGACCACAAAAGACGCACUGUGUCAGAUAAAAAAAGUGGCCCACAGAAAAAGGUCCAAUCUGGAUUCACAGCUUCCUUGUGGGCAGGUUUCCAAUCACAACCCGAAAAAUCUUGUGCUAAAAAGUCGCAUCUCUGUGCCCCUGGGGAAAAUAACAAAUUGAACCAGAACCUUGACCUAAAUUCCCCUCAAGAUGAUUCUCACAAUAAUAAUGAGACUUUAACUAACGACCCUGAGCCGUCUUUACAGUCAGUUAAUAAUGAAAUCAAUAACGUGAGAUCAGCAUCUAGUUCUGAGUCCGCCCCCCAAACCUUGCCCUGCAGUGCCCGCCCAAACUAUAUUAAUGUGGGCCCCCAUAGUUUUAUGCCACUGAGGGCCCCGUGGAAUAGGAAGAAGCCGUUAACGAUCCAGCCAGCAUUACGUUUGCAAGACGAGGCUGACAACGGCAUUGACAAAGAAAAACAUUCUUUAGCAGACGAGAGAAAAUUAGAGACGGAACAAAGUCCUGGGGACGAAGGCUCGUUGGAACAAGUUCAACCUUAUCUCAAAGUCAACACACCUGGUAUUCGAACAACGUGGUCGUACGUGCGACGUCCAGGCAACACCGAUAGUCGGAAGGUCAGUUCGAACAGUACUGAAGGUCAAGCUUCUUCAUGUAGAGACAGUUUAAGCAGUAGUCAAACUGAAAGUCCGUCAUCAAAUGAAAAUGACUCCAACCUCGCAGAUGCUUCAUCAAAUAAAUCAAAUGAAAAUGAAUCCAAUCUCGCCGAUACUUCAUCAAAUAAAUCAAAUGAAAAUGAAUCCAAUCUCGCCGAUACUUCAUCAAAUCAAUCAAAUGAAAAUGAAUCCAAUCUCGCCGAUACUUUAGCAAAUAAAUCAAAUGAAAAUGAAUCCAAUCUCGCCGAUACUUUAGCAAAUAAAUCAAAUGAAAAUGAAUCCAAUCUCGCCGAUACUUUAGCAAAUAAAUCAAAUGAAAAUGAAUCCAAUAUCGCCGAUACUUCAUCAGAUAAAUCAAAUGAAAAUGAAUCCAAUCUCGCCGAUACUUCAUCAAAUAAAUCGGAGGUGAACCUUUCUAGAGCAUCGAAUCCUACAGCAUCUACUUCACAAAGUAAUAGCGCGGAAGAUGAACAUGAUACAUCUAGCGAUAAAAAUCUGAAUGAUAACGCUAAGAACAUUGCCAUGCGUUGGUCGGAUACAACGAGGUACAUUGAGCACGUACAGAAUUACAAAACCGACGACUUGGUGGGGGCAUCGCCACAGCAUCCUACAUCUGGUCAUAACUUGGCCGUUGUUUAUCCGGGGCCUUCCUGUUUCAACAAGAAACACAAAAACACGGUUGAUCCCAUGACCAGUGAGUUUUAUAAUAAAGGCCCAGAACUCGUCAGUGGUGCUAACGCACCUUGCCAAGCAAUGUUUAACUCCCUUGUGGGAGCCCAAACAAGCCUAUAUACUCUGUCAAACGCAUUAGAAUUAUUAAAGUUCCAGACUGAGGAAUCCAGUAACCAGCCCUCAUCACCUGAUGAUGAAGAGACAUCGUUACAGUCUUCUUGUAGCUAUUUCAAGCGUUCAUUCUCCAAUAGAAAACGCUCUGCCCAUAGCCCAGAGUGUCUAGUCCCACCUUGCAAAGUUCCCCGGUUUAACUUUACGAGUUUCCCAGAUCAGAUGGCACCCGAACGCCACUUGAGUAAAAGUCACAGGCGAUCUCGGUACCAGGUGAUAAGAGAGAUGAAGUAUUGGAAUGAACGCCAGAGGGCCAAAGAAAACCCGAGUCUGUGUGCAAGUAGUAUAUACGUUAUUGAGACUGCGAAGUCGACCUUAGGCCAACAGUACGACAAUUCCUCUGAUGCUGACAGUGAAUCGAGUAUAUAAAGUUAAUGUAAUUAAAUGAAUCUCUAUCAACAAUAGAAUUAAUUGUACAUACUGAGCGUCAGAUCAAUAAAUGUUAGACAUCAUU